UUCGUGGAGAAGGGGAGAUAAACACCAAAUUCAUGUACGUUAUUUCUUUGCAGUUAACGCUGAGCGUUCAAUUAUUGUGCAAAUGCUUAAUGUUCGUCUCUUUUUUUCUGUGUUUUAAACCGGGUUUACAAUUGAAAGAUCUUAAAACUGUUAAGUACCUGUAUAACCAUAUCAUUAACAUGACGGAUCGCUGUUUGAUUUACAAGCAUGUAUCUUCGAACUGAGACAAAUAACAUUGGCACUCAGACAAAUAACAUUGACACUCAGACAAAUAACAUUGACACUCAGCCAAAUAACAUUGACACUCAGCCAAAUAACAUUGACACUCAGCCAAAUAACAUUGACACUCAGCCAAAUAACAUUGACACUCAGCCAAAUAACAUUGACACUCAGCCAAAUAACAUUGACACUCAGCCAAAUAACAUUGACACUCAGCCAAAUAACAUUGGCACUCAGCAAAAUAACAUUGACACUCAGCCAAAUAACAUUGACACUCAGACAAAUAACAUUGACACUCAGACAAAUAACAUUGACACUCAGCUAAAUAACAUUGACACUCAGCCAAAUAACAUUGACACUCAGCCAAAUAACAUUGACACUCAGACAAAUAACAUUGACACUCAGCCAAAUAACAUUGACACUCAGACAAAUAACAUUGACACUCAGCCAAAUAACAUUGACACUCAGCAAAAUAACAUUGACACUCAGACAAAUAACAUUGACACUCAGCCAAAUAACAUUGACACUCAGCCAAAUAACAUUGACACUCAGCCAAAUAACAUUGACACUCAGACAAAUAACAUUGACACUCAGACAAAUAACAUUGACACUCAGACAAAUAACGUUGACACUCAGACAAAUAACAUUGACACUCAGCCAAAUAACAUUGACACUCAGACAAAUAACAUUGACACUCAGACAAAUAACAUUGACACUCAGCCAAAUAACAUUGACACUCAGCCAAAUAACAUUGACACUCAGCAAAAUAACAUUGACACUCAGACAAAUAACAUUGACACUCAGCCAAAUAACAUUGACACUCAGCCAAAUAACAUUGACACUCAGCACAAUAACAUUGACACUCAGCCAAAUAACAUUGACACUCAGACAAAUAACAUUGACACUCAGCCAAAUAACAUUGACACUCAGCCAAAUAACAUUGACACUCAGCCAAAUAACAUUGACCGUUAUUAG